CGAGGCUUUCAGGUUGGUUAUGCGAUGGCCGCUCUCUCAACAAUAUAGGGAUUUUAAAGCGAAAAUAAUGGAUUCGUCGCUCGCAGAGGCGUGUUGUUGUUUUGACUAACUACCGGAAUGAUAGCGGCAUCGUUUUAGCUCUUGUAGGAUGGAUCCAGACGGUGAGGCAGAAACACAGAAAGCUGUCAGUUUGCAGUGGAAGAGCUAUAAACUCGUCCAGGACCCAACCAUUCGGAGGGUCACACAGAAAGUCUACAGAUAUGAUGGAGUGCAUUUCAGUGUGCCAGACUCUGGAUUUCCUCCUGUGGGUGAACUGCGGGACCCUAGACCCAGAAGACUAUGGUCCAGGUAUACAGAACUGUCCCUGCCAGUGCCGAAAUUUAAGCUUGAUGAGUUCUAUGUGGGUCCCAUACCCCUCAAGGAGGUGACCUUUGCUAGACUCAAUGACAACAUCAAGGAGCCCUUCUUGGCAGAAAUGUGUGCCAAAUUUGGUGAAGUUGAGGAGAUGGAGAUUCUGUUUCACCCCAAGACCAGGAAACACUUGGGCCUGGCCAGGGUUUUGUUUACCAGCACCAGAGGAGCCAAGGACACAGUCAAGCAUCUGCACAACACCUCUGUAAUGGGUAACAUCAUUCAUGCUCAACUGGAUAUAAAAGGCCAGCAGAGGCAGAAGUAUUAUGACCUGAUAGUAAACGGGUCCUACACUCCUCAGACAGUGCCCCUGGGAGGCAAGGCUUUGACAGACAGGCUCCAGCCUCAGGCCCCAACACAGCCACAGCCUGACACGUCAUCAGAAAUCAGGCGGAGGCUCUCCAGUGAUCUUGCAGUUUUGGCAGCAGGGGUCCAGGCCCUCACAUCAGGAAGCAUCACCCCUUGCUCUGCGGAUACUGGUUACAGUGAUCAGCGUCUGGACACGCCCCCCUCUUCCAUGACAGGCCCCUACACCCCUGGCUCCUCUGCUUCAUCUCAGGGGGGUGGAGGAACACCUUACAGCUCCAGAUCUGGGACGCCUUUCUCACAAGACUCGGGCUUCACCGGCGGCAGGCAUACUGGCUACAACACUGGCACUUUGGGCAGCGGCUACCCUCCCCAGGACAUGCUACCUUCCUCCUCCUCGUCUUCUGCAGUCUCAUCUACUGUCGGAGGAUACAAAGUGUCUCGUUACUCUGAGGAUGCGCAGGAACCUUCAGUGUAUCAUCGAGGUCGCCCUAUGUACCCUCCAACCACAUCGUACCGUCCCAACGAGCCGCCAUGCUACCCCCCAUACCCCAAUGUUGGAGGGCCUGGGCCACACAUCGCGCACCACUCCUCAAUGCCUCCGCCACCUCUUGCCACCCAAUACGAUCAGCCCCCAAUGUCAGACAGGGACCGUGACAGAGACUCAGGGGGCCGCUAUGGGGCAGGGGGGAUUGGCUCCAGGAGGUCAUCUUACCACCACCAGCAAGACACAAACUCUUCUUCAAAGUACCAUUCCCAUCACUCCCAUCACCACUCAGAUCGCAGGGACGAAAGGGGGUACCGGCGAGACAGCCUGGGCUCCCGAUCAGGUGACCACAGCCACCAGAGGCACCGCAACCAUCACCAUUCUCACAACCACCAUGGUAGCAGCCGCAGAAGGAGCAGCCAUGACCAGGACAGGGACAGGGACAGAGACAGAGACAGGGAUAGAGACAGGGACAGAGACAGUGACUACUCCAACAGCUCUGACCCCAGAUACAAUUCCAACUCCCAUCGCUCUUCCUCUAACAGCAUGUCUCCUCCACCCUCCUCUUACUCUGCAUACUCCUCCUCCAAAGAGCCUGCCCCAGCCCCUUCUCAGGGUUUGGACGUUUCCACCCGUCAAGGGGGCACAAACCUCGCAGAGAGGGGCUCUCUACCUUCGGUAAGUGCUGACAAAGACUACCACGCUGGUCACCACAGUACUCUGCCUCCUCCUCCCCCACCGCCACCUCCCCUCCCGCCAGCCUCAGUCAUCGCAGCGGCUGUAGCUGAGACACUUGGAACACUGGACUUCAACCAGGACAGUCCAGCACGUGAAGAGCAGUGGACAAAGCCCAAACGCCGUCCCAGCACCCCACCUGCACCGCCGAAGACACCCCCCCCACCUUCUUCCCCGCCCCACCCCACCAUUGCUUCCCCCUCUACAUCCCCUUCCUCUACCUCUCCCCAUCAUCUUCCCUCCUCCUCUAGCUCCCCACUGCCCCCUCAACGUGACUCCUCUUCCCCAGAGCCAGAUUCCACCAAUGAGAGUUUACCGUUUGUCUACCACAGCAGCAGCCUCGACUCUCGUAUUGAGAUGCUCCUAAAAGAACAAAAGGCUAAAUUUUCUUUCCUUGCCUCUGAUGAGGAAGAUGAGGAAGAUAGGAAAGAGGAGAAGCAGAGGGGCAUACGUGGAGAUGGAGGAGAGCGAAGAGGUGGGUCAGGUGAUGUAACAGGAGGGCACACAAGUGGUAAUCAGGUGGGAGACAAUGGGGAGAAGGACCACAGGAGGAAAGGGGAAAGAGACCGAGAUGGCCACAGAGGAAGGAAACGGGGAAAGGGGGGAGAAGGUAGGAAGAGUCCCACUGUACUUACAGCAACCACACCAUCCUCUUCCACCUACUCUUCCCUCAUCCUGCCCCCAGAGGAACCCCAGCCCCAGGUUGGCCUCAGUGGGACUGGAGCUUUGCAGGAGGAAUCUUCACAGGCUGGAUCUGCUGAUACACGGAGCAAAACAGGAGCACACACACCACCUUACAAUGGACAGAGUCAGUCCUCCCCUCAUUCCUCAGGGGAAGACAUGGAGAUCUCAGAUGAGGAGGAGGAGGAAACAACCAUAACAACGGUGACCACCCACCAGCCCUCAGUCAUCUCAGGUUCCUCACCCUCUUCAUCCCAGGCUGCCAUGCCUUCACAAACAACGGACCCUUCAUCUUCACCCCCACCCAUCUCUGACUCUGCACAGCACUUUGGCACCUCCAUUCACCCUCCCAUACCUUCCUACCCUCCUCAUUUGCCUCCUCCACCUCCCCCUGGUUACUCCCUCCAGCCCCCACCUCCCCCUGGGAUCCCUCCCCUGCCCCACAUGGAGCUGCACCCCGAGUAUCCUCCUCCCAUGCCCCACCACAUGUAUGACUAUGCCACCUCCAUGGAGCUGAUGAACCAGUACAGCGGUGGAGCUCCUAUGUCCUUCCAAAUGCAGACCCACAUGCUAAGUCGCCUACACCAGCUCCGCAUGUCGUCAUCCAACGACACCCCUGGCCCCGGUGAGGCAGCCACAGCAGACUACACCUCCUACCAUCUCCACUCUAUGCCCCCACCCCACACACAUCACCCCUACAUGGACCAAGAGGGUAGCGGGGCGGGCUCUCAUUAUGACCAGGACCACCGCUACAUGCCCCACAUGCCCUACCCCUACCCUGACCCCCACAGCACUCAGAUUCCACCCCCUCCACACCAUGGUAUCCUGCCUCCCCAUACUGGCUGGCCGCCGCACGUCUUACCACCACACUACCCCUCCUACAUGCCCCCACCUGGCUAUGGCACCAUGCUGCCCGGGGAUGGAGACGAGUACAGGGCUCCAGGGGAGGAGAUGCCCAUGCUUGCUGAGAGUCCACAUGAAGCCACAGUGCAGAUGGUUCUGGCCACUCUGAUCCAGGAAAUGAAAAACAUCAUGCAGAGGGACCUGAACCGCAAAAUGGUAGAGAACGUUGCCUUUGCGACUUUUGACGAGUGGUGGGAAAGGAAAGAGACCAAGGCCAAGCCUUUCCAAACAAUGGUUAGGGGGGUGUCUGCCUUACGGGAUGAUGAGAAAAAAGAGGAAAAGGUCAACCGUCCUCGGGAACCUCUCACGUCACUUGUGGAUUGGGCAAAGAGUGGUGGCAUGGAGGGAUUUUCUCUCCGAGGAGCACUACGACUGCCUUCCUUCAAGGUGAAGAGGAAAGAACCUCAAGAGCUUGAAGAGGGAGACAUGAAAAGGCCGCGGCCCUCGACCCCACCAGACGAGGAUGACGAAGCUGCUGAGGGGAGAAUGCCAGUGGCAGACAGGCAUGGAGCUGAAAGAGACAACAAGAGGAGGAAAAAGAAGCCAAGAAGUCGUAAACCUUGGGAUCUUGGCAGUGAGGGAGAGGAAACGUCUGAUGGCUCCUCAACUGAAAAGGAGGAUGAGGAAGAAGAGGAAAGUGAAAAGGAGUCUGAUGAUGAUGCCCUUAGUGCUGAUAGUGAUGAUGAGAGCCUCUCCUCGUCCUCUGAUGGCUCUUCCUCUUCAGCAUCCUCAUCUUCAUCUUCCUCUGAAGAUGAGGAUGAAGAGGAAGGAGAGAGGGCUGAGAGUGAAGGGUCAGACACCAUGGAUGAGUCAACCAUGGACAGCACAACUGAGAAAGAAGAUGACCGGGAAAAUAAUGCAGCUGCUGUUCCAAAGGCAGAGGUCAAAACAGGUGAAGCCAAGGACAGCAAGGCAGAUACAACAACAGCACCUACCAAACGUCCUCCUUCGCCCCCAUACCCGCGUCCCUCGUCGCCUAUUGUUUUUGUGCCCCCACUCAAGAAACGCAGGAAGACUGUCUCAUUCUCCACAUGCGAGAAUGACAGCAAAACACAACUGCCGACUGCACCGCUAUCUCCAUCUCCCUCACAAGUGGCAGGUGAAUCUCCCCUCCUCUCCCCUGGCAGGCCUCCAGACUUCCCCGUCACUGCUGUCCCAACCCCCUCAGCUCGUCCCACUCAGGGCAUCCAGCUUCUCCCCUUUGCCUCCAAACCAGGUGAAGGCAAUGCCCUCAUUGUGCCCCCAUCUGGACGAACCCAAGACUCUGAUGAGUCCAAAAAGGGACCACCUGUUUCUCCUCAGACCACCCUUGUCAAAUCCCCUGGAAAACGGGGUGCAGGCAAAGACUCCCCCAAAUCUCCCGCUCCUCCUGUUAUGGUGUGCCGCACUGUGCAGAAUCUGCCAUUGGAUCAUGCCUCUAUGUGCAGGAUGGCCUUCGAGGAGGCCCCUCCUCCACCUCCUGUCAACAAACGGUCCAGAGGCAGGCCUCGGACAACCAGCUUGUCUGCUUCUUCAUGUCACUCCCUCAGAGAGGAAGACGAGGAUGAGGAAGAAAGUGAGCAGAGGUUGAGACUCAGAGAGCAGCUGGGAGCAUCAAGCCUCCUGCAGCUGGCCUCAGCUUCAACCACUGACCUAUCUGUGUUGGCUGACGUGGCCCUGAAAAUGGACCCUAACGCUGGGGACUCAGAGGAGACAGAGACAUCUGAUGAGGCAGAAGAGCAGAAGAUGGAAGAUGAUCUCUUCUCCCCAGAGACACUGGCCCUGGUUAUAAGCCCUGAGGGUGUAAUUGUCCUGAUGGAGCACAACUACUGCAAACCCCCUAUUCUCCCAGUACUACCUGGUACCAAAAGGACUUCCUCCAAACAAGACUCCUCUGUCUUGCUCCCAGCAGACCUCAACACUAUUUCUGGGGUGCUUGAAGCACCAGAGGAGGUCAUUGGUGAGGCGCUACCAGCCAGGGGAGAUACAGGAGAAUACUUAUCUGCAAUGGGAGUGCUUUGUGAGUCUGAGGAUGUUGGCCAGGCUGCAGCUCUACCUCCAUUGUCAAAGAAGGUCAUGGUUGGCAAGGGUUUCGAACUUGAAAAGGACAAGAGCAAAAAGAGGAGAAGAAAAGACAAAGAAAACCUUGAGGUUCAUCACACAAAAAAACAGAAGGAGCAGCCAGACAAGAAACAGAGGAAGCGCAAACUAGAGGACUCAGACUUUGAGGAAGACGUGGACGUAGAGGAGCUUGAGUCUGGGGAGCUGUCCAGCUCAGACACAGAGGACGAGGUGGUUGAGGAGGUGAGGAAGAGUGAGCGCCUCUUUCUGCAGGAGGCAGGGUUAAUGUCAUCCCAGCGCUGGCCAAAACCUAUCCCAGCACCCGAGCCAUCAGCCAUGAAGUUUGACAACCGCAGUGAGUUUGAGCAGAUGACCAUCCUGUAUGACAUCUGGAACUCCGGUCUGGAUGGCGAAGACUUGAUGUUGCUGAAGAAGACUUAUGAGAAGCUGCUACAGGACAACCACAGCUCUGACUGGCUCAAUGAUACUCACUGGGUCAGCCACACUAUAACCAAUUUGCCGAACCCUCGGCGUAAGAAGAAGAACGCAGGUGGACAGCUUCGUGAGCAUGUGACCGGUUGCGCGAGGAGUGAGGGCUACUACGCCAUCAGCCGCAAGGAAAAGGACGUCUAUCUGGACCUGGACCUGCCCGAGCAGGUCAUACGAGAAGUGGAGAAUGUCGACAGCUCGGGAGCUAACCGCGUGCUAUCAGAGAGACGUUCAGAGCAGCGCCGCCUCCUCACCGUCAUCGGCACCACGGCUGUCAUGGACUCUGACCUGCUCAAACUCAACCAGCUUAAGUACCGCAAGAAGAAGCUUCGUUUUGGACGCAGCAGGAUCCACGAGUGGGGCCUGUUCGCCAUGGAGCCCAUUGCUGCUGAUGAGAUGGUCAUUGAGUAUGUGGGUCAGAACAUCAGACAGAUGGUAGCUGACAAUCGAGAGAAGCGGUACGCACAGCAAGGCAUCGGAAGCAGCUACUUGUUCAGAGUGGACCACGACACAAUUAUAGAUGCCACCAAGUGUGGCAACCUGGCACGAUUCAUCAACCACUGCUGCACUCCAAACUGCUACGCCAAGGUCAUCACCAUAGAGUCCCAGAAAAAGAUUGUGAUCUACUCAAAGCAGGCUAUUGCCGUCAAUGAAGAGAUCACCUACGACUACAAAUUCCCCUUGGAGGAGAACAAGAUUCCUUGCCUGUGUGGAACAGAGAACUGCCGUGGGACACUGAACUAGUGGACGCGCUUCAGUUCCUCACUUUGCAACGGCCAGCCAGACCUGGACACCUGGUUCACCCUCCUCAGAGUGUAUUUCGAAACAAAGCCACCCUCCAAAAACCCCCCGCCACUCCUCCGGAUGGCCUCACAGCCGUCCUCACAAUACCCAGGCAACAGAGACGCACACACUUGCACUUUUCAACUUGAUAGUUUCACAAGCCAGUGAGUUACCUGGCAUGUGAAUACUAUGAGGGGGCCUCUGUUUUAGCUUUUCUGUGGCAGUAUUAUUUUACUUGAUUGGGUAAUAUGUUCCAACCAAGUUGUUCCAUGGAGACAGGCAUGAAAGGUCUUUCUAUUUCCAUGCCAAUAUCCGUUUGAAGGAAGACAAUGAAAACUGAAAAACAAAAUGCUGGUAUCACGUAAACCACAGCCUGGAUCACUCUUCCAGUGUCAAAUCCCUCCCUGUAACCACCGACCCACACAGAUCUGCACACAGACGCACAGGAAUAUCAGUCAAAUUCAGGGUUUUUAAAAGCGCUUGUUAAGGGCGCACUUUUAAGAUGACAAACUUCAAUUAAUUUGGUCUUCAGUUAUGCAAGAUUUCCAAGUGUGAAGAUUGUUUUGGAGCUUUUUUUUUUAAAUUUCAUUUCAUAGUAUUAUAUAAUAAUAUUACUGUUGCUGUUAUUAAUGGUAUUUAGUUGCAUUAGCUGUAAGCAUCUUACAGUGAAAUGAGCUUCAGUGUACCCACCCACUGUCCUUAGUGGCUUGUGGUUCACCAGCCCUAUAAAACUGUCCCUUCUCGACUGCGUCACUCUCCUGAUUUGUCACAACCUUCUGUCUGGAUGAGAGUAAAGUCCUUUGAACUAUUGAACCCAAAAUCAAAAAUACAUAUUUUUCCUCUUACCUGUAGUGCUAUUUAUCCGUCUAGAUUGUUUUGGUGUGAGUUGCCGAGUUUUGGAGAUAUCGACCAGACCUUGUUAUGAACAGUUCCAUAUAGAAACUAUUAGUAGAAAGAAAAUAGUCCCUACAUGAAAAUGCUCACAACAAAUCUGUGGAUUAUCUUGAGUAGCCGGGUAAUUUUUGGAAAGAGACAUUGCUGUUGAGUUUUUCAACAGCAGUGUUGGCGCUUUGGGCACCACAAGCCGAGCGCCACAUAGUCCCAUUAUAUUCAAAAAUUGCAGACAUCUCUACGGGCCGAUAUCUCCAAAAUAUGGCAACUCACGCCAAAACAAUAGAUGGAUAAAUGGCACUACAAGUAAGAGGAAAAAUAUGUAUUUUUGAUUUUGGGGUCAAUUGUCCCUUUUAAAGCUAUGUCAACAAAAGAACUUGAGGAGAGUUCGUUGUAUUUGUUUGACAGGUUUACUGUUUGUUUGUGUUUAGUUGUUCCUUCAUGGAGUUCUUGUGUUUUGUUUCAACAAAUGGCAAACUGCAAGUUCUUCUGUCUUCAGCCGUUAAAGCAAAUAUUACCACCAAACUCCUGCAGGUCCUAGUAAAAAUGUGCAGUCAGUGUUUAACUUAGUCACUCUGUGUGCUACAAAUGUUUUUAAAAGGCACAUUUAUUUGAUUAGAUCAGGUCUUUUCGAAGGUUUAGUUUAGUAAAGUUUAAUUUUUCCCCUGUUUUGUGGACCUUUCCAGAAUGCAUUAGUAUGUUUUUUAUUUGAGAGUGUGGAGUCAUUCGCCCUGUACAAAACAUCCCUCCCUGAAAAAUGUAUCAGCUUAAGGCAAACAAAUGUCCUGCUUACAAUCUGUUUGCAGUGUAGAUGGGUGGAAGGUAUACAUAGAUAAGCCUCAUCAGGUUUGUGAUACGCUGCAGACAGUGGGAUGUAUAUGGCCCUUGUGUUGUGUCUCUGGUUUUCAUAUGGCUAUGGCCGUCCAAGGUUUAACUUUCGUUUUGAAUUUUUAACUAGCAGAAGACUUUUUGUUUCGUUCCGUCUCAAACAGGAAAAUCUUUAAGAUAUUUUUUGUUGCAAUGAAAGCCUUUCAGUACAAACCAACCCUCUUUACUACAGGAUAAAAAGAUGAAAGGAAAAAAAAAUCAAAGUACAUGUAAAUAUUGUAGAGGUGUUUGUUUCUCGUAGAAACACACUGAUUUCAAGCUGUAAAUAUGUUGUUCCUUUUCCUCUCUCCAUGAGGAGGAAACAUGUACAUACCUUCCAUUCGUUUAUUUUUUAUUGUUUUUCCUUUUAAUUUGAUUAUUUUAUUAUUUGCAAUAUUUCUCUUGUAUUAAUGCGUUGGAUCCUUUAUUAAUGGUGCAUUAAAAUAUUUUUUAAAUAAAUGAAAACCUCUUGUUCUUAAA